AUGCCCGGCAUGUGGUAUCAUAUCUCAAACGCCAAUGAGUACCUCGUCGUCACCGGCGCCGGCGUCGACGACGUGCGGAUUGUCAAGAAAGCCCUGGUCUACCCAUGGCAGCGCGUCGCUCGGAUCUCCGUUUCGCCCUUUGACUUCUCACUCAACCUGCAGGCCAUGACCAUCGAAAAGCUCCAGUUCGCCCUGCCUGCCGUCUUCACCAUCGGCCCAGAUAACAAGCCAGAAGCCCUCAAGAAGUAUGCAUUGCUCCUCAGCGGGAACCCAGAUGGCACCCCUUCCGCCGGCCGGAAACCUGGCCAGGCCAUUGUGCCGACUCAGAGAGGCCAUGUCCAAGACAUCGUGAAAGGUAUCAUUGAGGGAGAGACGCGUGUCAUUGUCUCAAGCAUGACCAUGGAGGAAAUCUUCAAGGAGCGGCAGGUCUUCAAGCAGAAGGUUAUCGAGAACGUCCAGAACGAGUUGGACCAGUUUGGUCUGCGCAUCUACAAUGCCAACGUCAAGGAACUUCAAGACACACCAGGCUCCGAGUACUUUGCCUUUCUCUCUCGCAAAGCCCACGAAGGAGCGUCCAAUCAAGCCCGUAUCGAUGUGGCCGAAGCUCGCAUGCGAGGUGAAAUCGGCGAGGCUGCCAAACGCGGUCAUACAAAGCAGGAAAUCUCCAAGAUUGAAGCAGAGACGGCGGUGCUCGAGACCAAGCGGAGAGCCGACAAGGCCCAAGCAGACGCCGAGCUCACCAACCGGCAGACCGAACUGGACAUGACCAUUCAAAUCAAUCAAAUCCAAGCCCGCAGAGCCGCCGAAGCCCGCGAUUCUGAACUGCAGAAAGAGGUCGAGAUGAAAAAGGCGGCUACGGAGCUUGAACGUCUUCGCGCCAAAGACCUCGUCCGAGCCCAAAUCUCAAAGGAGACGACCCAACAAGAGGCCGACGCAGGCCUCUACCGAGCAUCCAAGGAAGCUGAUGCCAAGGCCUACGCGGAAAAGCAGGAUGCCGAUGCCCAGUUGUUCAAGCAGCAACGUCAAAUUCAAGCCAGCGUCGAACGCCAGACGAAAGAGGCCGACGCCAUGUACCAUGCCAAGAUGCGUGAAGCCGAAGCCACCAAGGCCCAGGCGGAAGCGUACCGGGAGUUGGCUGACGCAUUCGGCGGACCUCAGGGCCUGCUUCAAUACAUGAUGCUGAAGGAGAACGUCUACGAGAAGCUUGCCUUGGCCAACGCAAAGGCCAUCCAAGGUCUCCAGCCCAAGAUCACGGUGUGGAACACGGGCAACGGCGACGGCAGUGGCGCCAUGGAACAAGGCAUCGCGCCGAUCAAGAACAUCAUGCAGUCCCUGCCUCCACUGCUCACCACGAUCCAGGAACAAACCGGCAUGACGCCACCGAACUGGAUGGUGCAAAUGCCCAAGGACAUCAACGGACAACUCAAACCCGAGGAACGGAGAAAGAUCCUGAGCCACGGCGCCGCCGACGAGAAGAAGGGCUGA